GACAUGAUUUGACGCGAUCUGAUUUCAUCUCUUCUCUCCCAUUUUAUCCUCAUCGCAGAUUGGAUUUUUCCCUUUCAUCAUGUCAGCAUAUUACGGUGGCUAUAGAGGCAAAUCGACCGCAGGAAGAGCGCCUAACCCUGCCCACAACCGGCAAUCUCCUUCGCUCAAAGGCAGUGAUCGUGUUUAUUGCUAUGGUUGCGAGCAAGAGAAGCCCCGUCUUGCCUUUACAGAGACUCAACUCAAAAAGGCUGGAAACCUUAACCCUGCCAAAAAGCACCAUAUCAUGUGCAAGACCUGCACACCUGAGCAGCCAAGCAAAUUGAAGUGCAAUGUAUGCUCCAAAUCACUGUCGCUGGAAAAGUUCUCAAAGACCCAAAGGAAACGUCAGGAGAAGGCUACCUGCAAGGAUUGUCGCGAAAUGAUUGACGAUGAUGACUCUGAAGCGGAUUAUGAUAUGGAGGAUGAUCCAGACUACUUCGAGGGGGACAUCAAAGACAUUUUGUAGAAGGAUGAAAGGGAUCCAUUCUUUACGACUUUAUGUCUAUAUUAUCAGCAGUCUUAGAGUUAUGUAUUGUCACUAUAUUCGCGAAUGACACAUCAUUCAAGAUAAUAAAAAACAAGGGGAGUUGAUUCGACAACCUCUCUAUUGCUUCCACUUGG